AUGGAAAGUAAAAGUACAUUCUCGCCUCCCGAUCUCUCCUCUGCGUUUCUCAAGAGUCUGCGCUUGGAUUUGAACGAGCCAGUUUGGGAGAAGAGCCCCACCUGGUGCAACUCGCCCGUGCCUUGGAAACCCAACGUCUUCCACCCACCUGAUUCUGCCUCCUUCACCAUCAACGACGAUGAGCUCGAGAGCCCCGCAAACUACAGAAUCCUUGACCAAAUCGGCGUGGGAGGCUACGGUUCCGUCCACAGAGCACUCAACCUCGCAAACCAAAGGUUCUUCGCCAUAAAAGUUGUGGUUUUGAACGAAAAAAGACUUCGAAAGAUCUUCAUGGAGCCCCGAAUUCACGCCCGCAUGUGCCACAGAAACGUCGCAAUGCUAAAAGGCGCCUUCUGCACCGAAACCCACUUGAAUAUCGUGCAAACAUUCUACGGCGGCGGUAACCUUAGGGACAAGAUCAAACAAGCGCACAACUGUCGGAUCGAUCCUGCGGAAGCGGUGAAAUACAUCACACAGAUAGCACUGGGGCUAGACCACAUCCACCGUAUGGGGGUCAUUCACCGAGAUAUCAAGGAAAGCAACAUCUUCUUGCUGAGCGCCGGGGUGCCAAAAAUCGGGGACUUUGGGAUCGCCAAAGAGGACGAUCCGCUGGGUAUCAACACGGGCUACGGCGGCACGCGAGGGUGGAUGUCGCCGGAAAUGAUUCAGUCGACGCCGUACACGUAUACGACAGACAUCUGGUCUUUGGGCGUGGUUUGCUACCGGCUCAUCACUGGGAAAAAACCUUUUGUGGAGAAUGACGGUACGACAUUAAGUGAGCGGAUUAUUGUGGCAGAGUAUCCACCAUCAAGGUUUUUAGAUGGAGCAGCGGGUGAUCUCGUAGAAGGGUUCCUCAAAGUGGACCCCUCAUUGAGAAUAAGGUUAAGCGACGUAUGCGAGCAGCCGUGGAUCCAGCAACACGUUUGGAUUAGAAGCCGCCACAAGCGCCAUAGACCUGCCCUCAAUCUCAAAUCUAUGAACUAA